AUGAUCCGUAGCAUUACUGAGGAUGCUGGUAUUCCAGCUAUAACUUCUCAUGCCGAGGGCGUCACCACCAAACCCGCCAAGAAAAGGGUUUCGAAGGCCUGUGACAGGUGUCGAAGACGGAAGAUCAAAUGUGAUGACUUAGACCCUGUAUCUGGGAAAUGUUCGAACUGUAUCAAAUAUAAAGUUCCAUGCACCUUCCAUUACCAUGAAGAAAUGAUACGCAGGACGAAUUCCAAAGCCAAAAGCAGAAUCACGAAAUUCAGUUCCGAUACUACUAAAAGCGAAUUACACAGUAUUACCAAUAAUGAUAAUAAUGAUAAUACUAAUAGUAAUAAUAAUCAGAAUAAUAGCACUAAUGCCAAUGGGAGUGUCGAUACGGACAAUAAUAACAGUAGCCAGAUUGACACUAAAAAUGAUACUAACAGCGAAAAUAAUAAUCAUAAUAACAAAAGUACACCGUCUACGUCUAAUGCUAGCAAUGCAUACAAUCCCGGAAUAAUAGUCAAUCCUAUAAGUCUCAAACAGAAGGCUAAUUCUAACGGAAUUCAGAGAAACACUAUGAUCGAGAACCUCUCAACUGUCCCUAUGACUAAUAAUAAUCUAAGCGAAGCUGUCCUGCCGAAUAAUCUUUUAUCAAAUUCAAACGAUCAAACUUCUACUUCUUCUCCUUCACUCGAACAAAACUCAGUGUUCGUUCAUUAUCCCAACUCUGUGCCGGUGAAUUCCAUCUACCAGACUCCUUUGCCAUUUAACAACACGCCCACAAAUGGUUAUACUUCUCAACCAGGUCAUAUUGACAUGAUCCCUGUUUCUAUUGUCCAGAACUCUGUUCUUCUGCCACAGCAUAAUCAAUACCAACCACAGCCUCUUUCGCAGCACCAGCAUCCAGUUGUUCCCCCACCAGUGAAUCACUCUUUAAAUCAGCCAUUGCAACAGCUUCCACGACAACGAAAUCAACAGCGAGAUAACACCGAACAUGAUCGACAAAAUCAGCAGCAAAAAGCAACUACUAAUGCGACUCAAAAUAUUACAAAUCCUCAAAAGCAUCGUGAUCAUCAUAAUGAUCCCGUAGGUAAUUCUUCUUUGGAAGGGAUGGUCACUCAGGGACAACUAUCCGUCUUGGAUAAUAAAAUUGAUAUUCUAGGAAGGAAAAUGACUUUGCUAAUGGAUUAUUGCACUAGAUUGGAUUGGAUUGGAAGACAAUGCGAACUCUUCAUAAAUAAGUCUGAACAAUCGCUUAAAACUGAAGAGGCCAAAGGCAGGAACAGCGAAGUUCAUGCAACUCCAAAAAGAUAUAACUCGUGCCAAUAUACCGAAUCCACAUUACUAUGGCUUAGAACAAAAGUUUGUCCAGAGAUUAGCAAGGAUGAAUACCUGCGACCUUUAGUUCCUGUGAAAGCUAUGGUUUCAAGAUGGUAUUUCAUUCAAAUGAAACGUUUGGUAAAAAAUAUAUCCGACGAAUCUCAAUUGCUUCCAAUUCCGGACUCGAUUAGGUGUCAAAGAAUUAUGGAGACUUACUAUAGCCUAUUAUCGGCAGAGGACUUGAAUGUCAUUGAACCAAAGGCAUGUCAGAAAAUUUUUGAGAAGUAUUUUUCUUCCAAAGCUGAAGAAAUAUCAUAUUCGGAACAUUUGAUUGUCAACAUUCUGCUAUCCUUAGGUUCGUUGUAUGCUAGACAUUCUUUAAUGGAAUCUAACCAUUAUAGAAAGGAUAAGCUUGAUUUUACUCCGGAAAAGCUUUUCCAAAUUGAAAAUGACUGUUAUCAAAACAGUCUUUUCUACUACCAUAAAAUUUCUUUAGUAUGUGAGGGCCUUCUUUCAGUUCAAGCUCUCUUACUACUCUACUCGUAUAUCAGAUCCUGCGUUUCAACGGAAGCUGCAUUGAACAUUUUCGUUGUAGCUGUGAAAUUUGCAAGAGAUCUUGAACUUUGCUACUUGGAUAACUUUAAUCACCUGCCAAGAGAAGAUUUCUUACAAAUAAGAUCGAUAUGGCUCUAUUGUUACUUAAAUGACUCAAAUCUAUCGAUGACAUUGGGGAAACCUCCAAUUAUUGAUGAAUCUGAUAUGUCAGUAUCAUUCGGGAGAAACUAUUUUAAAACUUUGAAAGCGGAAUGCCCUAUAAGUCGCUCUCCUGAUGCCAAUGUUGUGGAUGCCAUGAAAGAUGAAUCGAUGGUAGUUGGUUGGGUGAAAAUAAACCCAUGGUAUUUUCCUGUCAUUUUAAACUACUUUAGAGCGUGUUUAUGCAAAAUUUCAAACAAGAUCACUAGAUACCUAUUUUCUGUGGACGUUACAAGUGUUAUGACAUUUGAUGAAAUUGUUGCGAAGAUCAAUGAAAUCAAAGAUGAUUUGAUUACAUACUCAAACAACAUUCCUCUUUACUUAAGGCUUGAUAAUCAAAGAACCUUUUUGGCCAGAAUAUAUCAUGAACUAGCAGAAAGUCAGAAAAUUGCGAACUUCAAAUUAAUGAGUGUUCUAAUGACUGAAAUAAAUAUAAAAAGAGAGACUUUAUUCAUUAUUCUCGCCAACUUCACACGAGCAUUCUUUGAUGAUAAUUGGGAUAUUGUUGGUGGUGGGCUCAGACCAGAUUGUGAAGAGUUAUCAAAAUACUUUGAGGUCAACAAAUUACAUUCAUUUAAAGCAACCUUGAAAGCAUCUAAAGCUAUCGAUUUCAAAGACUACACCAUUCUUCUUCACAAGCAGCAUGUCUUCUUUGAUUUACUACUAGUUGUCUUAUCAGCAUCAUUCUAUGUGAUCAAUAAUGUUGAUUCAUCUGCCGCUUUUGAAUUGCUUUGUAUGUUAAAAGAUCUUUAUUAUAGAGUGACGAAUGGCACUUCUAUAACAGAGCUUCACCUUCAACAAAAUAUUAAAUGGCUCGUAUCAAUUUUCCUUUUAUCAUUCCAAUUAGAAAUGGGCACCAUGCAUUAUAAAAACAAAAAUGCCCUAGCUUGCACGUAUCCUUUGGAUAGUGACCGUUAUCAAUUGGUUAUGAAGGAGAUUUCUGUUACCAUUGGUAAAGAAACUGAAAAAAUUACUGCAGUUUUCAAUAAAGAAAGAUCAUCAUUAAGCAAGGAAUCGAGUAUAUCUUCUAAUGCCGGAAAGAUGCCUACUUGGGCUCUAUUGAAACCAUUCGGCCUGGCAGACGACUCUACUGAAGAGAUGCUCCGAUCAUGGUGGGAUAAAGAGUCUCAAAAGCAAGUAACUAAACAAGAAGAUACUGCCAAGAUGCCAAAAGGUAUCCUGGAAAAUGCAAAAAACUCUGACGGCAAAAACAAUUUGACUAACUCUAGGAACUACGACUUGGGAUUUAACUUUAAUGAAAGGUGGUUUCCACCUGAUAUGAGGUUUCUCAGUCAGGAAUCAUUUAUGAAUUCAAGUGGUAGAAACAAUUCUGAUGCUAGCUAUGUUCAUCCAACAACUUUAUUCGAGGACAUAAGUUCAUUAAAUAGGUAA